UCUACCGCGCUGCACUCUGGGUCAGACAUGGCGGAUGCCGUGGAGCCGGAGAAGAAAAGAAGGCGGCUAGAGGACAAGGCUGACAAAAUGACUGUGGAUGGUGGGUGUGGGGACACUGGAGACUGGGAAGGUCGCUGGAACCAUGUCAAGAAGUUCCUCGAGCGAUCAGGACCAUUCACACACCCCGAGUUCGAACCAAGCAACGAAUCUCUCCAAUUUCUCUUAGAAACCUGUAAGAUUUUAGUUGUUGGAGCCGGUGGCCUAGGAUGUGAACUUCUCAAAAAUCUGGCUCUCUCUGGUUUCCGACAAAUCCACGUUAUAGAUAUGGACACCAUAGAUGUUUCUAAUUUAAAUAGACAGUUUCUCUUCCGACCGAAGGAUGUGGGCAGACCCAAAGCAGAGGUUGCUGCAGAAUUUAUUAAUAACAGAAUUCCUGACUGUUGUGUUACUCCAUACUUUAAAAAAAUUCAAGAUUUUGAUGAAUCAUUUUACAGAGAGUUUCACAUUAUUGUCUGCGGACUGGAUUCUAUAAUCGCCAGACGGUGGUUAAAUGGAAUGCUGAUGUCUCUACUGAACUAUGAAGAUGGGGUGCUGCAGCAGAGUACAGUUAUUCCUCUGAUUGACGGAGGGACAGAAGGUUUUAAAGGAAACGCCCGGGUUAUACUGCCAGGAAUGACCGCAUGUGUGGAAUGUACCCUCGAACUAUACCCACCCCAAAUAAACUUUCCCAUGUGCACAAUUGCUUCUAUGCCACGACUACCGGAGCACUGCAUCGAAUAUGUCAGAAUACUGCAGUGGCCUAAGGAACAGCCCUUUGGAGAGGGUGUGCAGUUGGAUGGAGAUGACCCUGAGCAUAUCCAGUGGAUUUUUAAUCAGUCCCUUGAUAGAGCGUCUCAAUUCAACAUCCGAGGUGUCACGUACAGACUUACGCAGGGUGUCGUGAAACGAAUUAUUCCAGCUGUAGCAUCUACUAAUGCUGUCAUUGCAGCUUCCUGUGCUACGGAAGUAUUUAAAAUAGCCACAAGUGCUUACAUUCCUCUCAACAAUUACUUGGUCUUUAAUGAUGUUGACGGACUUUACACAUAUACUUUUGAAGCAGAAAGAAAGUUACAGACGGUCGCAUCUAUCGAAGAAAGGACGAGGUCCAAUCUUAGCAAGACUCUGAAAGAACUUGGGCUCGUUGAUGGACAAGAACUGGCAGUAGCUGAUGUGACAACCCCACAAACUGUGCUCUUUAAACUUCAUCUCACUACCUAGUUAUACAGAGGGGGCGUGACCGGACACUUUUACUUGUUAUUUUUUUCUUUUGUAAAAAGUAAAUCCCAGUAGAAGCGAAGCACAGAAUGUUAUAGGACUGACCUCUUAUCUGCUGCAAGCUCUACAAUAUUUGCUGGUUCAGAAUGCUCAUGUCACAUAGUAUAAUUAUACACUUAUUUAUGGCGUCUUUUUAAAUACAUCUAGAGCAUUUUAACUAUACUUUUAGGAACAUGUGAGAUGUACAGUUAUAUAUAAAUCACUCAAUAGUUAAAUAAAAUGAGUCUUUUUAUUAUUUUGUUUAUGACAAGUUCAUUGUUUUUGUCAAACUGAGUUGUAAACACUGUAAUUAGAAAUAAUAAAAUUCUCAGUACAGAUGUCUCUGUAUCUUUAAGAAAA